UUAAAUAUCUCUCACAACAUAAGCAAUAUUAACUAUGGGAUCCGAUCUACAAUUCUUCGUCUUAGUUUCACUUUUAACUUUCAUUCCUUACAUCUUCAUCUAUAGAUUUGCUCCAUAUAAGAAGGGUUUAAGUAUUAUUUAUCUAGUGAUUCAAGCUAGAUUCAUUCGGACUGGGGCUAUUAUGUUAGGCUUAAGCCCUUCGAAUAAAUAAAAUCUUCUUGAACCAUAAAAAAACAGGAUACUUGCGCGCUACCAAUAUAUAAUUAUAUCCAUCUUAUAUAAUUCACCAAUAAUAUA